AUGCAGCCACUCCUGCUGGCGCUCCUGCUGGCCUUCUUCCUGUCCCCUGGGGCAGAGGCAGGGGAGAUCAUCGAGAGAUAUGAGGCCAAACCCCACUCCCGCCCCUACAUGGCCUUUCUUCAGAUACAGGAUCAGGAGACUAGGAAGAGGUGCGGCAGUUUCCUGAUACGAGAAAACUUCGUGCUGACAGCCGCUCACUGCAAGGGCAGCUCCAUAAACGUCACCCUGGGAGCCCACAACAUCCAGAAGUGGGAGGAGACCCAGCAGGUCAUCCCUGUGAGAAGAUCCAUUCCUCACCCAGACUAUAAUCCUAACACAUUCACCAAUAACAUCAUGCUGCUGCAGCUGGAGAGAAAGGCCAAGCGGACUGCAGCUGUGCAGCCCAUCAGGCUGCCCAGGGUCACAGGUGGAGUGAUGCCAGGGAUGGUGUGCAGCAUGGCGGGCUGGGGCCAGAUGUCUCCAAAUGGCCAAUUCCCACACACACUGCAGGAGGUGAGGCUGACCAUACAGAAGGACCAGGAGUGUGAAUUCCGCUACCCUAAGGACUACAUCAGGGCCACCCAGAUUUGUGUGGGGGACCCAAACCUACAACAGUCAUUCUUUGAGGGAGACUCUGGGGGCCCUCUUGUGUGCAACGACAUAGCCCAGGGCAUUGUCUCCUACGAGAAGAAGCAUGGGAGGCCUCCACAACCCUACACCAAGGUCGUGAGUUUCCUGUUCUGGAUACAAAGAACCAUGAGAAGCCUCCAAAUGCAGGAAGCAGACUAA